UUUCCUGUUUUGUAGCUGUUCACUGAGGGGCACUGUUCUGACAUGAACUCUCCACAGGAAGUGCUGUUUCAAGCGUUCUAGUCACAAGGGUCUGUUGGCGUUAGAUGAACUGCGUCCACAGCGGAUGUUGAAGAAGGAUGGACCCUUUUGAGGAAACGCUGCAGAGGCUGAAGGAAUCCUUCAACACAGGGAAGACAAAACCGGCCAAGUUCAGGGCUGAACAGCUGCAGAGCUUGGGCCGCUUCCUACAGGACAAUAACAAGCAGCUGCAUGAUGCCCUGGCGGGGGACCUGGGCAAGUCAGCCUUCGAGUCAGACAUGAGUGAGAUCAUCCUGUGCCAGAAUGAGGUGGACCUGGCCCUCAAGAGCCUGCAGACCUGGAUGAAGGACGAGUCUGUGUCCACCAACUUGCUCACGAAGCUGAGCUCAGCCUUCAUCCGGAAGGAGCCCUUUGGCCUGGUGCUUAUCAUUGCACCCUGGAAUUAUCCUUUGAACUUGAUGAUCAUGCCCUUAGUGGGAGCCAUCGCUGCAGGGAACUGUGUGGUACUGAAGCCAUCAGAAAUAAGCAAGAACACAGAGAAGGUGUUGGCAGAGCUGCUGCCCCAGUACCUGGACCAGAGCUGCUUUGCUGUGGUGCUGGGUGGGCCCGAGGAGACCGGGCAGCUGCUGAAACACAAAUUUGACUAUAUCUUCUUCACAGGGAGCCCUCGGGUAGGCAAGAUCGUCAUGGCCGCCGCAGCCAAGCACCUGACGCCCGUCACCCUGGAGCUGGGGGGUAAGAACCCCUGCUACGUGGAUGACAGCUGUGACCCCCAGACUGUGGCCAACCGGGUGGCCUGGUUCCGCUACUUCAAUGCUGGCCAGACCUGUGUGGCCCCCGACUACAUCCUGUGCAGCCAGGAGAUGCAGGAGAGGCUGCUGCCUGCCCUGCAGAAUGCCAUCACGCGUUUCUACGGAGACAACCCGCAGACCUCCCCCAACCUGGGCCGAAUCAUCAACCAGAAACACUUCAAGCGUCUCCAGGGACUGCUGGGCUGUGGCCGCGUGGCCAUCGGUGGCCAGAGCGAUGAGGGGGAGCGCUACAUUGCCCCCACAGUGUUAGCGGAUGUGCGGGAGACGGAGGCUGUGAUGCAGGAGGAGAUCUUUGGGCCCAUCCUGCCCCUGGUGACUGUGAGGUGCCUGGAUGAGGCCGUUGAGUUCAUCAACCGGCGGGAGAAGCCUCUUGCACUGUAUGCCUUCUCUAAAAGAAGCCAGGUGGUCAAACAGGUGCUGGCCAGGACCAGCAGCGGGAGCUUCUGCGGGAACGAUGGCUUCAUGCACAUGACGCUGUCCAGCCUUCCUUUCGGAGGAGUGGGCCACAGCGGCAUGGGCAGGUACCACGGCAAGUUCUCCUUCGACACCUUUUCCAACCAGCGCGCCUGCCUGCUGAGCUGCCCCGGGAUGGAAGAGCUGAAUGACCUCCGUUACCCGCCCUAUAGUUCCCGGAACCAGCAGCUGAUGAAAUGGGUCUUGGGCUCCCAGAGCUGCACCAUCCUGUGAAUGACACCCGACUCCUCCCUCCUGCUGCCCCCGCCCAGAACUACCUGAGCUUUCAGCUGCUCCCAGAUUCCCAGUGGUUCCCAGGAGGCAGGUGACUGGGCCAGCCUGUCACUGGUUGAUUCCUCUGAACAGACCUGCAGCCAGGCAGGACUUCCUGGUGGCUGGUCCAGUCCCUUCCCACAACCCAGCGCCCUCAGCAGCCUCCUGACCCUCUGCUUAGACAGGUCUGCUGACAGAGGAGCCCCUCCCCACAAGGUUGGGCAGAUCUGUUGACUGAGGGGGGUGUGGAGAGGUGGGGGGGGCUUUCUCUGUCAGCUCACAGGGUCCCAAAAGACAGAGCAGCUUCUCACAGCUCCAUCCACAGCUGGAGGGUGGCUUUGUCCCCCCUGAAGAGACAUGAUCUGGAAUCAAGACCAGCUUAAUUGGUGGAAUCUGUCUGAAGC